AUGUCUGAUGCCAUCUUUCGGCCGCGCCCGUAUGAGGAAAUCUACGCCGAGCAGGCAUACCUGGCCACCUCGCUCCAAGUGCAGUCCAGCAAGGCAAACGAGCUGCUCCGGCAGUACUCUUUGCUGGAGGAGGAGCUCGAGAACAUGACGGCGAGCAAGCAGCGGCGCAGGUUACGCAAGCGACUCAACCUGGUGCGGUCGCAGCUCACCGGGGCGGCAGAGCAGGAAAAGGCCAUCUUUAUCAGACUGAGCGAGGUAUACAUGGAGGUGCACAGCCGAGACGCGUGGGCUCAGGCGAGUCGGCCGAGGGUAGUGUAUCGGGGAGUCCUUGGCCAAGCUCAGAACCAUGCCGCGAUUCGGGGAUCCUCGUCGUGCAGCAACACGAGGCCCUCGACAUACCUGAGCGGAGCGUCGCCCGAGUUUGUGCCGAGGAAUCGUAGGGCCGUGCAGCGGCCUGCAGGCGCGCAGGCGGUGUCAGAGGCGGGUCAAGCGAGGCCACCAACGAGCUCACCAAGCGUGACAUCGGCGAGAGCCUCGGAGUCCGGCGACGCUGGCCUCGAUGUGAGUGACGGGGACAGCGGCAAGUGCCCGCGCGACCGUGGAUUGGGCUUCCAGUACAAGGCGGCCGCAGGGCGAGCCAAGAGCGGGGACGGCCGGGGCAAUCGGCUGAGUCUACCCAACUUGGAAUCGAUAUGGCCCAAUUGA